CAACAACAACAACAACAACAACAACAACAACAACAACAACAACAACAACAACAACAACAACAACAACAACAACAACAACAACAACAACAACAACAACAACAACAACAACAACAACAACAACAACAACAACAACAACAACAACAACAACAACAACAACAACAACAACAACAACAACAACAACAACAGUGACAACUAAAGCACACUCCUUUAAUCUA